UGAAACAGCAUCUACAUCCUAGCUGUAUAAAAACAGGAACAGAAAACUCCAGAAUCAACACAGGUUCCUAAAUACAGGGAGAAAUGAACACUGCUGCAUUUCUCUUGGUUUCGCUGUGCUGCUGCUGCUGGCUGUCUGCGGCUCAACAAGAGACCAAAAAGACUGAAAAUGAAGAUAAAGAAUGCCAGACAUCACAAGGCUCGUGCUACCCUGACAUGUGCAAGCUGCUGAAAGACUUCGGUGUCAUGGAGGAGAAACUGCGAACCACGGUGGAAAAACUGGGAGUCAUGGAAACCCAGCUCAAAGUUAGCGAGAAUCAACUUGAGGAACUGAAAAAUAACGAGAGGAGGAAGGUGAUCUUUUCGGCUGCCCUGGGCGGGAAUGGGCACACCGGGCCAAUCGACCAUGACACUACCCUGAUCUUCAAAAAUGUCAUCACUAACAUUGGCAGUGCCUACAAUCCAAGUACAGGGGUAUUUGCUGCCCCCAUUGCAGGGGUCUACUACUUCAGUUUCUUCUACCAUGCCGGAGGAAGUCAGACUAAAUACAUUUCCUUGUUCAAGAAUGGACAGCACAUGAUCACUUCCUCUGAUCACCAGUCUAGCGGUGAUGGAGCUGACAACGGGGCUAAUGCAGUCACUCUACAGCUAGAGGUGGGAGACCAAGUGUUCAUACGCCUAAUGGCUAACACUCACGUGUGGGACUCUGUAAACCACACCACCUUCAAUGGGUUCCUGCUCAAACAAGUGUGACGAAAUACAUUGGUCGCGCCCGUCCUCUGCUUUCUACUUUUGGUGAUGUUAUUAUUGUGAACAGCUAAUCUUUCUUACAUACUGUAACUCCUGUAUCCUAAUUCAUAAUGUAAUCUAUAUAUCCAUCGUAGUGUAUUCAAUAUAACCAUCUAAUCCAUCA